AACCUUUAAUCAUAGCUCAGUAUUGUUUAUCAAUAAUCUGUCUCCCGGAGUUGUCUGUCUGCAGUGUUGGCUUCUCACUGCAAGUCUCUAGGGUCUUGACGUAUUGAUCUGUAACGUGAGGCUCGUUCCCGACUCGCAUCUCCCGAGCUCACCCUCUCCUUCGUUCUGCUUUCAUUCGCAUUCUCUUCGUUUUUAUCGUUCUUGCCAUUCUAAUCAAUUUUUUGGAGUACCUGUCCCUCUCUUUACACGUUUAGAUUUCAUACAGACGUAGCCUUAUCGCUCUUUGGGUGUGAUUCCGUCUCAAUCCUUAACUCAUUUCUUCAUCAAGGAAUUUUUUUACAUUUUUGGAAGUAGUUUAAAAACUACUUCCAAACUUUUUAACAACGCUAAACUUUUUUUUUUUCUUAAUUCUUCACUAGUAGACUUAUUACAAAUCGGCCGAACCCCUUGACGCUCUUCCUUUUGCUGUACCGGUACUCCGCGCCCCCUUCAAACACGUACAGCGUGCCGUUUUCUUUCACUCGCUAGUCCGUCCGUCCACCCGUCAAAUGUUUUCCGUUCUUGGCAACCACUCCCUGUUGAAGAUUUGUUUGAAUUUUGCUCCGGAGAGCAGACGAAAGAGAAGCCAGAACAUCCCACUGCUGAAAUAGGAGUUUUCUCUGUCCUCUAGCUCAAACCGGAGUAAAAAAAUUUGGGAUGAUUUCGCCAAAAUGGUUCUGGACAUUUCCAGCAGUUGACACUUAACUGCUCCUAUUGGUUUGACGAAAUCGUGCUAUUCGCUAGUGCUAUUCGUGUAGAGUGUGUGUGGCGUUGUUUAAUGGAUUACUCUUUAGGUCCUUGGCUCCUGAAAUCAAAACUGACUGACUGUUUUCAGAACAAGAAAACAGCCGACUUCCUCAUUUUGAAUGACUACCUGGAAUUCGGAAGACUCCGUUGUUCAGAAGGGGAAAACUCCUUUGCUGUAGUCGUUCUUGUUAUAGGGUAGUUGGUUGCCAAUGCUGGACUCAAUCUCGUCUGUCUUUAUAAUCAAUCUACUCCCCCGUAUAAAAAGAAAGGUUCUUCCAUUUUUCCCUGACGAGAUGUUAUUUGCGUUGAUUGGAAAGGGAUCCUUGUUGUUGAAAUCAAGACAGCUAUCUCAAGAAAGUCUGUAGUGUAUCCUUAACAUGAUGGGUAUCUCGGCUCUAAGUUUGGGUGACUUCUAGGCAUUUCAGAGUAUUAAAGUACAGAAAGCCAGGGGUGUCCAACGUCUAUUGAGGCGUCAGCCAUCUCCGUCCAAGUUUUGAUGACGUGGUAUCAGCGAAGCGGAACUAAUACUAACACUGGGUUAUAUGCGGUGCCUCAAAAGAAUCAACCCCUUGAGAUAAACGUACAAACGAAAUUAUGUCCUUCGUUUUACAUUUCAACCGAUUUCAACGUCCUUCAGUGCGAUUGGCGUCGGUUGUUAAACUUUGACUGCCAGAUGAGGCACAGAGAUGCGAUACUUGUCAUUUUAGGUCGCGCAAAUAACUCCUUUGCUUAUACGUGUAGGUAAUGAGCCGUGUGUGAUAUUUCUCCAUUUUAGGCCUUUAAGUUUCUUUUUUAAAGGUGGUGGUGAUGGUUUGUUGAAUGGAAGCUCUGGUCUAUAUGUGGGUCGUCGGGGAAAAGUUGCUUUUCUAAUAUUCCCACUUGAGACUUUGGGUGUUUCUUAUUGCAGUACCAACUCUGUUUCUCCCGAUCACCGACCAUGAAAGGCAUUCCCAACUUACCCACGUUCAACUUGAGACCGGGUGUUGUCUUACAUGCAUCUUUGGCGCAGCUUCUGACCUUUUCUUUUUUGAAUCAAUAAUUCUCAGGAGAUUCAGGACGAAAUCGUUUUGUGAUUUUUUGUUUGUGAUUCACGUAUUAUUAUUACUUGGCGAAAGAUAUUAAACAAUCUAGGACUUGUGACUGUAAUAAUUCAUGAUUUUGAAUAUUCUGCUAGCUCAGAUUCCACUUACAGUCCUGAAUAUCUUACAACCUGGUGGUAUUAGUAGAUCCACGGCGAAUCGUCUAAAAGCUUUGUGCUACCCACCCUUUUUUUAACUGUGUAUCUCAAAAGUAGUAGUAUAAAGUAGAAGGAAUGAAAGAUGAAAAAGAACGGUCGGCGGCGCAGACUCGAGACGCGUUGCUGCUGUCAUGUCAAGUGGACUCGACAGUGUUGGUUGUGGGUUCGCGUCGGAAACUCUUAUUUUCUCUUCGUCUCAGUUGUUCUAUCCCACAACUUUAUAGAGCUUUACAAGUAGUUGUUUUAAAAACUAACCUCGUCUGUGUUUUUUUCUUGUUUUUUGUUUUUGUUUUUGUUUUCUCUGUUUUUAUUUCUUGUUCCGGUCAACGUCCUCUUUCCGGAUUUCAGGAAUACGAAGACAUUUGUGCAGACCCUUCCAGUCCAUUCAUCAGUUGUUUUGGUGUUGUUCUUUUGUGCCUCUGUUUUGACUUUCAACCUCGCUGGACGACACAUGACACACUCCGGACAACAUGGACGAUAGUGGCAAACGACUUGGAACACGGGUAUUCAAGAAGAGCUCCCCGAACGGAAAGAUCACAGUGUACUUGGGAAAAAGAGAUUUCGUCGACCAUAUCAGUCACGUGGAGCCUAUAGAUGGAGUGGUUUUGGUGGAUUCAGAUUACAUUAAAGAUCGGAAAGUUUUCGGCCACGUCUUAGCCGCUUUCCGCUAUGGACGAGAAGAUCUGGACGUCCUCGGACUUACAUUCCGCAAAGACUUGUACCUGGCUUCAUCACAAAUAUUUCCGCACGAACCGACCAAUAAGCGCCCACCAACCAGAUUGCAGGAGAGAUUGCUCAAGAAACUCGGGCCCAAUGCCUAUCCUUUUUUCUUUGAAUUGCCGCCUCAUUGCCCUGCAUCUGUCACCUUGCAACCAGCACCUGGCGAUAUGGGCAAACCAUGCGGAGUCGAUUACGAGCUCAAGUGUUUCGUCGGUGAAACACACGAGGACAAACCACACAAGAGGAACUCUGUUCGCUUGGCCAUCCGAAAGAUUAUGUAUGCUCCAAGCAAACAGGGAGAACAACCAUCGGUGGAAGUCAGCAAAGAGUUCAUGAUGAGUCCCAACAAGUUGCAUCUGGAAGCGUCUCUUGAUAAGGAACUCUAUUACCAUGGUGAGACGGUCGCUGUCAACGUUCACAUACAAAACAAUUCAAACAAAAGUGUCAAAAAAGUUAAAGUUUCUGUUCGCCAGUUUGCAGAUAUAUGCCUUUUCUCUACGGCGCAGUACAAAUGCAUGGUUGCCGAACUGGAGAGCGACAGGGAGAGUUGCCCGGUGGGACCCGGAUUCACUUUGUCUAAAAUCUACUACCUAACGCCCCUAUUAGCCAACAACAAAGACAAACGGGGACUUGCGCUGGACGGACAGUUGAAACACGAAGACACAAAUCUGGCAUCUUCUACUAUAUUGACAGAACCAGUACAAAAAGAAAAUCUGGGAAUUAUCGUGCAGUACAAAGUGAAAGUUAAACUAUGCCUCGGAGCUUUGGGCGGGGAUUUGGUUGCAGAGCUACCGUUUAUUUUAAUGCACUCGAAACCACCAGAAGAUAGUCCCCCGCCGAGUCGUCCUCCAACAGCCGUGGCGAGUCCCAAAAAACAUCCAAACGACUGUGUACCGGUGGAUACUAAUCUGAUCCAACUUGACGCUGAAGUGACGACUAAUAUGGAACAGGACGACGACAUUGUUUUCGAAGAUUUUGCCCGGCUGAGACUGAAAGGUGAAACGGAAGCAUGAGAAAAUUAACUCUUGUUUUAAAGAUACUUGACAGAAAAGGGGUAUGCUGAUAUUUUACGUGAAAAAAACAAACAAACAAAAAAGAUGGAGGUUAAAACGUGACUUUUCGUUCAUCUCCAAGAUAUUUUUCUCCCUAUUUUUCAUCUUUCUAUACCUGAUUGUAUUCUUUGGGGGAAAGGGUUGGAUCGUCACCCCUGUUGGUUGACUUAAAGAUUCCUAUUGUAGAAAAUAAUCCGCUUUUGAAUCAAGCUUCUGAUUCAUUUUUGAAUUCAUUCCCGCUUUUUCAAAUAUCACAUCCGACUUUUCGUAGUGAGGUAGAUUAUAAGUAGAUAAUAUAACAUGUGCCCCAACAGUAACAAAACGACAGCGCUAUCGGCAAAUGUCAGAAUAUUAAAUGGAAUUUCUUUUUAGGUUGCAAAUCGCACUCUCUUUCACUUCUGGACUUAACAAUUUAUUUUCAAUUUUGCGCUCCCUUUCAAUUUUGCGCUCCCCUUUGAUAUUUUUAUCAGUUUUAAAUGAUUUUCACUAGCAGCAGGGUAUGCCUUAGAUUUUACAGAUUAUCCGAGUCAUUUGAAGUUCGGGGACUGUGGACUCAUGCCAACCAACACACUUGUGGUGGUCCAAAAACCAGAUCGCUUGCUUUUCCAUUUAUUGAACUCCGCUAUUAAUUGAAUCGCGAUUAUUUAUCCAUUAACAAAGUUAAAACAUUUUCCGUCUUAUGGCGAGAUAAGACCACCUCACGCCACAGAUACUUGGUAAUAAAACGCUCUAAAGAAAAGAACUGUCCGUAAAGUUUUGAUACUGGCUUCCGCAAGCCUUUUUUUUUUUAUAUUGGUAUCGCUGAUAUUUCGUGUGUACCGUACAGAGUUUUUGAUUUACUAGGCAGGAAAAGAUUACUAACCAGAGGAGCGUAUCUAUAAAACACAGUCGUAUACUCGAAUCAAAGCUCUUCAGUCUUGCUCUCUUUAUCGUAUCGUUUCGAGAGGUUUGACUAAACAUCCAAGACUUUCCUUCUUUUUUAUUUUGUUGUUUGUUUCUGUCAACCCUUUUUGUAGCCAUCUGAUUAUCCAAUUUGUUUAAAACUGAUUGACUGCCGAAAUUUUCUCGUGCCUUCCCACAAAAUAGCACCCGAAUCAACCAAACCGAACACUUGACUGUAUCGAUGUUUCUGCCCCUCAAUUUUUCUUUUCGUGUUUGUACUUUUUAUCACAAUGACUUAUGUAUGUAAAAAUAAAAAUUGUCUGGUGAAUAAAAUUCACCUUAUUUA